UAGUGCUUCCAUUCCAUUCCGAAGCAGAAGCACAAGAGGCAAAGCAGAAGUUCUUUCUUCUCUCUUCUGUUUUUUCUCCAUUUCUUUCAAUUCCCCUUUAUGAUCUUUACUCUUCAUUAUGAGUUCUGAAACUCAUAAUUCCUGUGCGUUCAAAGUGGCUAUCCACAGGAUUCCGAUCCAAAGCCGCUUUUUUUUUCGAGUGAGAAAUUAAACCACAAACACUCCGAUCCAUUCCGGCCAACUUCCAUCGUCUCCGAUCCGAUAAAAAACCGCUCGAAGUUUCUGUAAUGGGUUCAGACAACUUUAGGAACAUCAAAGCCGAGAAGGCGAAGGCGAUUCAGAGGUUUAGGAGGAUGGAAAUGAUCACCGCCGCGUUCCGGUUUGUUGAAUUCUGCGUGUUUUUAGGCAUAAUCUGUAGGGUUUCCGCUCAUUUCAACGUUUCUGCUUUCAAACUCUCCGGCGAGUAUUUCAGGGGAAUCUCCGUCGCCUUGAUCAGUCCCCGGUUGGUUUUCGUCGUCGGAAACGUCAUAUUCAUCGUCUUGUUCCUCCAAUCCGGGCAUUCUCCGGAAAAACAUGAGAAAGGCGAUUUCUACGAGGAAUAUAUGAAACAAUCUGGGAAUGAUAAGAAUCAGAGCUUUUAUAGCAACUAUAACGGGGAGAUUAAGAAACAGGUGAAACAAACUACUGCAUGUACAUAUUAUGCCAAAGAAAGGAGAAUGCAGAGGAGCCAGUCGGAGAACUUGAAGAGGUUAAACUGCGGCGCCGGCGAGGAAGCGCCUGGGAGGGAACUGAGGAGGUCGGCGACGUCUGUGAGUCGCCGGAAAAGUGAGGUGGCGACUGAAGAAAUGAGCAGUGAAGAUUUUAGGCGGAAAGUGGAGGAUUUCAUUGCAAGGCAACAAAGGGCUUUGAGGGAAGAAGAGUUCUCAUCAGCUUUUGGUUCAACUUAAACAUAGAUCAGAUCUCUUUUUCUUUACCUCCAAAAAAUUAUAAAAAGAAAAUACUAUUCCCAGAAGAGACGGAGAAAUAUAUACGGGUAAUAUUUGUGUGAGCCAUCUCACCCAUCUUAAUAUGACAAUCUCACACAAGUUUUUAUCAAUAUAUACAUAUUACGUAUAAAGUUUAGCUAAUAUGACAAUCUCACACAAGUUUUUAUCAAUAUAUACAUAUUACGUAUAAAGUUUAGCUACCCAGGUUGAGGUUGUGUUGUUCUAGAUCGACUUCAGUAUAUUGUCAUCCUUCAGACAUUCGAUACGUGGUGCAAGUGGGUUAUGGCGGGUAUCCUACAACCUUCGGGCCGGGCCGGGCAUCCGAUAGUCCUAUUCAAGUAGGUUUUGGUAGGGGAUUGUUGGGCAUCCUACCUCAGCUCCUAUACAGCUCAAGCUGAUGUUAGUAUUUGGCAUCAAGAAUUUCCUGUAGACUUGCCCAUGAUGAUAGAAACAUUAUUGGGUGAAUCUUCUUUUUUUGAGUGUCUGGAAUGUGAUGUGUACAGUAGUAAAUAGUUGGAAACCAUGGAAUGCAUAAUCCUAAUGUAUUAGCACAA